AUGCGGUUUCUCUUCAUCCCUCGGCGAACUUAUUCCGCAGCACUCACUGCGCCCUUCUCUCGUUCCAAUUCCCAGAUAUCCCAUUUCGCCCGUACAGGCCAAAUCGAUAGAGCCCGUCAGCUGUUCGAUAAUAUGCCUGAGAGAAAUACGGUUUCUUGGAACGGCUUGAUUUCCGGUUACGUUAAGAAUGGGAUGACUGGGGAAGCUAGGGAAGCGUUGGACAAGAUGCCUGAGAGGAAUGUGCUUUCGUGGACUGCGAUGCUCAGAGGGUAUGUCCAGGAGGGUAUGAUCGAGGAGGCAGAACGUUUGUUUUCUCAGAUGCCUGUGAAGAAUGUUGUUUCUUGGACCGUUAUGAUAGGUGAGUUGAUUGAAGAUGGACGUGUUGACGAAGCCUUAAAGCUGUUUUAUGUGAUGCCCGUUAAUGAUGUCGUUGCGAGGACUAGUAUGAUUGGUGGGUUGUGUUCUGAAGGAAGGUUGAAGGUAGCAAGGGAGAUAUUUGAUGAGAUGCCUGAGAGAAAUGUCGUUGCUUGGACGACGAUGAUUAAUGUGUAUGUAAUCCAUAACAAGGUGGAUUUAGCUAGGAAAUUGUUCGAAGUAAUGCCUGGUAAGAAUGAGAAAGAUGACGUGCCAUGGAGUUCAAUGAUCAAGGUCUACGAGAGAAAAGGUUUUGAACUGGAAGCACUUGGUCUGUUUCGGUUGAUGCAACUACAAGGAAUUAGACCAAACUUCCCGUCAAUGAUUAGUACUCUCUCCGUUUGUGGUAGUCUGGCAAUUCUAAAUCAUGGCAGAGAGGUGCAUGCACAGCUGGUGAGAUCCAUGUUCGAUUUUGAUGUUUAUGUCUGCUCAGUUUUAAUCACGAUGUAUAUAAAGUGUGGCGAUCUUGUGAAGGGUAAACUGGUAUUUGAUCGGUUUACGUUCAAAGAUACUGUUAUGUGGAAUUCUAUCAUUACUGGUUAUGCACAGCAUGGCCUUGGAAAGGAAGCAUUGCAGGUGUUCUAUGAUAUGGUAUCUUCAGGUGUACCUCCGGAUGAAGUCACCUUUAUUGGGGUUCUGUCAGCUUGUAGUUAUACUGGAAGGGUGAAAGAAGGAAUUGAAUUAUUCGAGUCGAUGAAAUCAAAGUAUCUGGUGAAUCCCAAAACUGAACAUUAUUCUUGUGUGGUUGAUCUACUUGGUCGAGCAGGAAAACUGAAUGAGGCAAUGAACUAA